CAGCUCUGUUCCUGUCUGCUGUGUGAAGGAGGUUGUGUCCCUUCUCUCAGCUUUCAGAGCUCUUGUGCGGUGUGUAACUGCAGCUCCCCACCCCCUGCUUUUUGUAUCUGUGAAAAAUCCUUUUCAUCUCUGUGUAUGACCUGUGGCCAGGGGCGGACUGACCAUUGGGGUCAGUAGGGGGCCCCAUGAGAUGCUUUUUUGGGUGUGGUUUGAGUGUGGGCAAGGACACAGGGGCCCCAUGAUCCCCUAUUGUGCUCGGGGGCCCCAUGA